GCUUAAUUAAUUUGCUGAAAUACUCUCAUUAUUAUUAAGUCUUUCGAAUUCAAAUAUUAUAAUGUCUGGUUGCGGUUCAAGCUGCAGUUGUGGUUCUAGCUGCAGUUGCGGCAAGGGUGGAGGGUGCAACAUGUACCCUGAUUUGGAGAAGUCAACUACCCUUACCAUCAUCGAGGGAGUUGCACCUAUGAACAACAAGGGAAUGGUUGAAGGAUCAGUUGAGAAGGCAACAGAAGGAGGGAAUGGGUGCAAGUGUGGAUCAGGCUGCAACUGUGACCCUUGCAACUGUUGAAGUUCCACUAUGAACAUGAAAUAAUAAAUUCUGUUAUGUAAUAUUUUGUGUCACAAAAACAUUGUAUAAUAAUUUGAAUAAGACUUAUAUAUAGCCAUGUAAAGGAUAAUAGUGUGACAUGUUAUUAUACUAUACUUUCAUGGUUUUUUCUGUUUGGUGGUUUAAUUUGAUGUCUGUUUGAAGGAUGCUUAUAUGAGUUGUAACCCAAAAUAUAUUUAUGUGCAAUAUAUAUAUAUAUAAGUUAUUUCCUUCAUU